UAGGCGCGAUCUGCGAGCGGCCAAUUUUGUUAUGUUUACCUUUACUUUACAUUUACAAAAAACUUUGUAGAAUUAGGUAACUACGUAGGGCCGUGAAAUUAUAUUGCUUACAUUUCAGAUCAUUUUGAUUUCUCCUCCUUACUAGUGUGUCGUGAUUGAAGUAUGGAAGAAGAAUCAGUAACAGUUAUACGAGAAAGCACUCGAAAUUUGGUGAGAUUGAGUAGAAGGAACCACCGUGGUGAGGACACGGAUUUAAGAAGAUCUAUUCCUGAUUCCUGUAAAAGUUCGGGCACAGUGGUCGACAUAGCCAGCAAGUUGAAGACCAAAUCUCCAGUGUAUGUGGAUGAGCUACGCACCCUCAAGAAUGCUCUAUUAGAAGACGCUAAGAAUAUAGACAUUGUUCUGAGCACCCACGGAGCUCUGAGGGGCCUUGUGAGAGAAAUAUCAGGUCAUGACACCAAGAAGCAGGUGGAAGCUACAGGGUGCUGCUGUAACCUGUCUCUGGGCGACGAGCGCGGGGCGCUGGCCUUGACCAAACAUGUGGCCCCAUACCUAGCUGUGGGCAUUGAUAGUCUUAGUUCUGAGUUGGCUGUGACCAGUAUCUGGUCUCUUGGCAACCUGGCGGGUUCCUCCGCGCGGGCGGGCGCGGCGCUGGCGGCGCAGGGCGCGCUGGCCAAGCUGGUCACGGUCCUGGGCUCCACUGCCGAUGAGGAGGUUGUUGAUGCUGUGGGCUAUGCUGUCGGCCAUUUUGUUUACCAGUUGAAGAGCGAUUUGAAGGUUGAACAUCUUCAAAAAUUACUGCAAAUAUUAUCUUCAAGAGACCUGCUAUCGGCCUUCAGUCGUGUUCUCUUCACUCUGUCCUGUCAUCCGGAUUUCACAUCCCUGCCAGAAGUAAACCAAGACCUGCUUCUAAAACUUCUAGAAAGCACUAAAGUAAGUAUGGAAUCAUAUCUGUCAAACGAAAACGGACCUCAUACAAAUGAACUAUUAUAUCUAAUUAGGACUUUGUCUAACUUGUGUAUUGAGUGCAAUGUUUGUGAUAUAGUUUUAGAGUACUUUGUUAGAAAUAAUUUUGGUUUAGUGUUCAAAAAGAUUUUAACUUUAAAUAAUGUUGUGAUGAGCAAAUCUGUGAUGUGGUUACUUGGUAACUUGUUGAAAUAUUCUACUGAUAAUUCUAGUAAAAAUAAGUUUUUUUCUGAAUUUUGUAAUACCUAAUAAAUUUUAAAUAUUUUAUUUCAA